AUGGCAGCCACGCGCAAGCCCCGAUCCCCGUCCGCCGCCGCCGCGGCCGGCGACCACCUCCGCUUCCUCCGCCCCGGCGCCCUCGCCCGCCUCCGCGACGCCAGGCUCCGCCGCCGCUCCAAGCCCGCCUACUCCCGCCCGGCCCCGGCCUCGCCGCAGCCACAGCCGUCCCCCUCUCCCCCUCCCGCGCCCGCGGCGGGCGGGGACGGCGAGAGCGGGCCCUUCGUGCCCUACGUCGUGCCCGGGUCCAGAUUCCUCGCGCCGCGCUGCCCGCAGCGGAAGAAGCUCACGGCGGGGAAGGUGGUGCCGCUCUUCUCGCCGCCGAUGCCCAGCCCGGACCUGCCAUUCGAAGCGGUUAUGGAGUUCUUCAACGCGCCGGAUAUGGUCGUCGCCGCCCACUAG